CAAACCUCAACCGCUCCCCUCUCCCUACUCCUUUACAAUGAGAGAUACCAACACAAUGGAACCUUCCACUCUACACCAAUCGCCCUCUAACCCUACUACUACUAUUGAACUACCUUCCAUCAAUGACCUCCUGCAACCCUACACUACCAGUCAUGGCCCCACCGAUCUCAUCUCAUACUUUUUCCCGCCCGGCAGCCUACUCGCCAACUCUCACGGUCUAGAGAUCCGACUUGAUGGAGAAAAUUUCGUUGAGUUUCUCCGCUAUGAUUGCUCUGCCGAUUUCCUUGCGCGACUGGACCGCGCCGGGCAGCUUUCUGAUAGACUCGAUGGAGUUGAUGCGAAAAUGCAGACAUUCGAUGAGAAAGACCGUGUACUUCAUCACCGUAUGGAUCUUCUCGAGCAGUUGGGUCGUGAUAUACUGCAGCGGCUUAGGUCGGUGUUGGAUGACAUUCUGAAGAUAUGUAAUGAGGAGGAGGAGGAGGAAAGAAGCGCCGAGACGGAUGUUCGGUGUGAGAUCCGGGAAAAGAUUACACGAGCGUUAAAGUGACAAGAGGCUGGAGGAGGGUAGAGUGUAGGAAUGAAUGGAUUAUGGGAUAGAGGUUAGGGGAUGUGAGAUUUGAGAGUUGAGAAGGGUUUGAUAUAGCUAAAGGGUG